AUGUCUAAGAAAAGAACACGUGACGUGACUAAUAAUACAACAGAAGUGGAGAUGCAUGUCAGCAAUAAAAAUGUAUUACAAAAAUGUGAACAACCUAAGUUACACAAUGUUGCUCCAUCAAUUUUCAAACCUGCACCUUUUAGUACAGAUAAAGAUGCAGUUGAAGAACGGAAUGCUUGUGAUUAUAGUACAAAAAUCACUAUGGAUAUGGCCAAUUCUGGCUUAGCUCCUCGAAGAAUUAGAGUAUAUGCAGAUGGUGUUUAUGAUAUGUUCCAUCAAGGACAUGCUAGGCAGUUAAUGCAAGCGAAAACUGUAUUCCAAAAUGUUUACUUGAUUGUUGGAGUAUGCAGUGACAGUGUCACACAUACUUUUAAAGGUAAGACUGUAAUGACGGAUGAAGAAAGGUAUGAAGCUGUUAGACAUUGCCGUUAUAUAGAUGAAGUUCUUAAAGAUGCACCAUGGGAAACCGAUGAUCAAUUUUUAAUAGAUAAUAAAAUUGAUUUUGUUGCUCAUGAUGAUAUACCUUACAUUAAUGAAGAUGGUCAAGAUAUUUAUGGAGGCCUUAAAGAAAAAGGUAUGUUUGUAGGCACCCAAAGGACUGAAGGUGUAUCAACGUCAGACGUUAUUUCUCGAAUAGUACGGGAUUAUGAUAUGUAUGUUAGACGUAAUCUUCAACGUGGGUACAGUGCCAAAGAUUUAAAUGUAUCUUAUUUAAAGGAAAAAAAAUUAAAACUCCAAAACAAAAUGGAAGAACUUAAAGAUCGCAGUAAACGAGUUAUGGGAACUAUUGGUGAAAAAAAGGUAGACAUGUUGCAACGAUGGGAAGAAAGAUCAAGAGACUUUAUUGUUUCAUUCUUAUUGUUGUUUGGCCGAGAUGGACCAAUUUCACAUUUUUGGAAAGACAGUAAAGGUAAAUUGUUACAAGCAUUUUCGCCACCUGGCAGUCCAACUCCAAGUGGACGUAACACUCCAGAUUCGUCUAGUUCAUCGGAAGAAAACUUAAGGUCUCCUCCUAGAAAAUCUAGUAGAACUAAACGAUAUUUGGAAGACGAUGAUGAUGAAGAUGAUGAUGACGAAGAUGAAGAAGAAGAUGACUUGUUAAAUAGAUACAAUUACAUAAAUGGUGAAAAAAGCUCCAACUCCUAG